AUGGACGCUCUCCAUUUACUGCUUGCCCUCACAAUCUUACUCAUCUUUUUCGUUUGGAUUGUUCGCUUUAUUGGCAAUUACUACGGCCUCUCCGCACAUCGGCCCGAAGAGAGUUCACUGGUUGUGAAGAAAUGGGAUAAAGAUGUGGUGUAUCUGGUCAAAUACGCUGACAACAACUACUGCAUAAAUGCCUCGCCGUUCUGUUUGAAACUGGAGUUUUUCUUGAGGUAUCAUAAAAUUGUAUAUAAGGUAGGUGCUAUAGAGUCUUAUGAAUGGAUCUGGAGGGAGAAACAUUCAGAUUUCGAUGAAUUUCUGGCGGAAUUGGGGUAUGAUUCUUAGAAAUUAAGCAUCUAUUCCUCGUUGUAUGUAUGGAGGAGGCUAGGAGAAGGCCCAGCAAAUAAAAAUAACAAGGUUCGUCAGGUUCCCCGAAGGCUUUUCACUGGCUUGGAGCUAUUUUUCAUGUAUUACUCUAGUAAUAUCAUAUAGAACUUGCGGAUCGCCAUUUCUUUUCAGCAAUUUUUGUUCUUUUCUAUGUUACAAUAGCUCAGGGUCAAGAAAACAAAGCUUAGCAAUAGCUAAAAUUAGAAAAAGUAGAGAUAUUGUAAGUGUUCUCCAAGUCUCUGCCGAGCUUUCAUCGAGCAUCCGCCGAGCAUCCAACGGCUUUUCCAGGCCCUUUUAAGUAUCAAAAGCGGGCAACAUGUCCAUACUGCUUACUAUUAUUACAUAUUUUCAGCCAAUUGAAGCCAAGUUUUUGGCCCUCUCUUCCGAGGGAAAGAAGCCGUUCAUCGAAUACAAUGGAAGGCAUUACCCGGAUUCGGAUUUAAUAAUAAACUUCCUCGUCAAGGAGAAGAAAAUCAAAUACAACAUGACCUCAGAGCAAAAAGCGAUUUCACAUUUGGUCCAGAGAUUGUGUGAUAAAAGCAUGUACAUGUGAGUAAACUUUGAUUUUCUUUGAUUUUUUAUGUAUUAACAACAAAUUAACACACCCAGCUUUCGCAGUACAGUAAUAAAAAAAAAAUUUUUUUGAAAUUUUCAACUUUUUAAGCCAUGUACCUUCAUAGCCUAGUGGUAGUGAUUUAGACCUUGUGUUCGGAAGGUCGCCAGUUCGAAUCCCGGUGCAAAAAAUACGGAAAUAUGUUCAAUUUACCAUACGAAAAUUGCAAAAUACGCAGUAUGAUCUCUAUUUGAUCUCUAGUAUGAUCUUAGCGGUUUUUUCAGACUGAAUUUAUACUCAAAACUGGAGGAGAAUAUGCCCAUGUUUGCCAAACUUAUCAAAGGAAAUGCCUCCACGCCAGAGUGGCAUCUGCUUUUUAUGAGACCUAUGAUCUACUAUUUUGUAAGUCGAAAUCUCUUUCUAUCAAGACAAACGCAACAUUUUAUACGAUAAAAGCCGUAGACCAUGUUUCAUCGUAUAACAUGUCCAUUCAGCUUCUUAUUCAUUUCUUUGGUUGCAGAAUUCAGUUUGGAUCUCAUGUGUAUGGAUUUGCCUUUGCUUACGCGAUUUUUUUUAGCUAUGGAACAGAGUAAACAGCGAUGGAACUGGAGGCCAUACCAAGUCAGAAGUUGUUGAACUUUUACAACAAGAUUUGGAUGCGGCGGAACGAAUUUUGGGCGAAAAGAAAUUCGUAGCUGGCGAAGAAGCCAGUGGGGUGAGUUGCGACAUUUUAUACGAUGGAUAAUGACAUUUUAUACGAUGAGACGUGUUUAGAAACAUUUUAUCGUAUAAACUGUCACGUACGGGAAAAAUUCUCCGCAAAACCGAUGUAUAACGGAGGGACUUAGAGGCAUCAAAGGCAAUUUUAGGCAAAAAAUAAUAGAUUUUUUACUAGCGACAUUUUAUACGAAGAAACGUGUUUAGAAAUCUUUCAUCGUAUAAGAUGUCGCUUUCUUCCAAACAUCGACAAAAUAAUGAAUACAAAUUUCAGGGAGAUUUUGCCUUGUUUGCCCACCUAAUGUGCGCUUAUUACAUGCCUUUUACGAUUCCAUUGAGGACGAUUGUGGACAACCGUUGCCCGAGGCUGAAGGCCUACAUGGAUCGGAAUCAUUGGAACUUUUUCGCCGACUACCUUCUACAUGACAACGAGAAGGUCGUCUAA